AUGCAAUUGUCGGCAAAGACAGAAUUUCUGAAAGAUUGGGAAAAGCUUGGUCCCAUACCAGUCUCUAAGAGUACUUUGGUUGGCUUAAAAGUUACUCUGCAAGCGACAUUACAAAUACUUGACGCACUGCACACUGAGUGUAAUUACAACUAUUUGAUGACUGCAACGCUUUCGCAAGAUCCUUUAGAAAGAUUUUUUUCAAUUAUGCGAUUUUCUUGUGGGGGUAAUGAUCAUCCGGAUCCAAAAAUGUUUGUUCAAGUUUAUCGCCUGGCUUCUUGUUUUUCACUUAUAAAGCCUCCCAAAGGGUGUAAUGUUGAUGGAGUUCAUGUUCUUAAGACAUUACUUAAAACCAACGAUUUAAUGGACAACCCAAAUACAGCUAGACAAGAAUGGUUGGAAAGUAUCGAUUCAAUGUUAGAUAAUAGUUUACUAAUGAGUGUGAAUUCAACACAUGAGGAUGACCACAAUUACAAUGAAGCCGCCACUACUGAAGCGGUCCAAUCCUACAUUGCUGGCUACAGUGGCCGAAAACUCAAGAAAAUGCUUAAAUGUCAGGGUUGCCUACAAGCUUUAGAGUCCAAAAGAAAUGAUGGUAAAUUGCUGGCUCGCAAUGAUGUUCUAAAUAAAAUGGAUUUAUAUAGAGGAUUGUUUUACGCAAGUGAUGAAUUAUUUUUACUGACUAAGCAGUUAGAAGAGUGUGUGCUCAGAGCAGUUUCAAAAUCAUUAGUAAAUGUUUAG